CUAACGGUAAUGAUACAAGAAUAUAUCAAUCUCAAAUAAAUCUCUCCCCAAGGCAAAACUUUUCUUUACAAAGUUAUAGGAUGUGUGACUAUAAGCGUGGUUUUGAGCCCGAUACUACGAGUCUGGUCAACUACAGAUACUACGACACACCUGAUGGUUGUGACAUGUGGAAGAAGGUAUUUGUGACGUCACGCUAUGGCCUACUGGUGGGAGCGGUGCUGUCUACUAAAGACGUACUCAUGUUCUCCCACGCCACCACGUGGCCCGCCAUCGCGAGAAGAUACGCGUUCCACACCACCCCCUAUGUGGCUAUGGGCGCAACAUUUGCCAUCGUUGCCAACAGCGUCCAGAAUUGGAGGCAGAAGGACGACGGAUUGAACUAUUUCCUGGGUGGUCUAGCCUGCGGUCCCAUCCUAGCUGCGUACGUGGGUUCCGUCCACGGCAUGGUGGUCGGUGGUCUAGCCCUGGGGGUAGCGGGUCUGGUCAAGAAGUACGCCGUCCAGAACGACUACCACUUCUUUCCCGACAUCCAGAGCCACAUGGGGACCGUAACAAGUUGGAGACACGACUGGACCCUGGCUAAGGAUCCCAGAGACGCGGAACCUUGUAAAGGACAUAAGAAGGCUUAGUUCUCAUACAAUUAAAUUCUACAUAGCUG